AUGUUUCUCCCAAACAUGAGUAAUGCAAGGCGAUUGUCACAUGUAGUGCCAUCUAGGUUCUGGUGUGGGAAAAAGGAUGUGAUAUUCUGUACGAGAACUUAUGAGAAUCAGUAUCGACGGUUCUAUAGAUGCGAGAUAUGGGCACAUUGCAGAGAAGAAGGAAAACCAUUUUUCUUAAGUGGGUUGAUAAGGCUUUUCUUAAUGAGAUUCGAAGGGUCAAGGCUCAGCAAGUAA